AGUGUUGUCAUUAAAUAAUCGCUCUUCUUUAGAUUAGACUGAACUUUAUUGUCAUUUCAUAAAGUACAUACACUACACAACGAAAUGCAGUUUGGCAUCCAAACAGAAGUGCAAAUGGUACAAAGUGCAAAGUUUACCCACUAGUAUGUUGUUGACCGUUUGACUCAAAUGCUCUAAUUAUUUAUUAUUCUCGAUGCUCCGCGUCUCUCCACGGAUUUUUAGAAUUUCCAACAAAUAUUUUUUAGCAGUGCGUCCACAAUUUCAUUUCCAGCGAGCCAGGCACGCGCCGAGGGCGUGGCUACAGAUAGGUAUCUCCUCCCGAUUGGCGGAGGCGUCAAGCGGGUGGGAGUUCAGCUCCUCCAAUGAGGCGCAGCCUGCGAGGCAACGGUCCAAUAUAGGCGCCGGAGGCAAGCAGCAUCCUUUAUUAUAGAAGUCGUUUACAGCCGGAGAGGAGGCAGAAGAUCCGCAGGAGUCCGGGACUUUACCUCUCCUCGUCGUUUUCGGUUUCUCUCUAAAGCGGCUUGCACCUGUGACACGCGAUCAAAACAAACAAACAAACAAAAAAGACUUUUUCGUCCAGAGCAUCUGCGUCCGGCAGGUUCUGUUCCUCUCUGAGGCGUUCCUUUGUAGAACACUACCAACACGGAGCCGAACGAGGACGACGGACAACGACCCUCCCUCACUUCUGCAAUCAUGAUGUCGAUGAACAGCAAACAGCCUUUCAGUAUGCACCCCAUCCUCCACGAACCCAAAUACACCCCUCUACACUCCAGCUCGGAGGCCAUCCGCAGAGCCUGCUUGCCCACACCUUCGCUCCAAGGCAACAUCUUCGCGGGCUUCGAUGAGACGUUGCUGCAGAGAGCCGAGGCUCUGGCUGCCGUGGACAUUGUGGCCCAGAAGAGCCACCCUUUCAAGCCAGACGCGACCUACCACACCAUGACCACAAUGACCAGCAUGACGUGCACCCCGACCUCCUCCUCCGCGCACCUGCACCACCCGUCGGUGCUCACCUCGCACCACCACCACCCGGGCCACCACCAGCCGUCACAGGGCUUGGAGGGCGACCUGCUGGACCACCUCACACCCGGCAUUUCCCUGGGAGGCAUGGCCGGCUCGGACGUCUGCUCCACGGCCUCGCACACAGCUCACGCCGCCCACAUGUCAGCCAUCAACCACAUGCAGCACCACCACCACCAACAGUCCAUGAACAUGCACCCGCACGGCCUGGGCUCCCACAGUUCCCUGGGGGGCGCCGGCGGCGAGGCGGAGCCCGAUCCUCGGGAGCUGGAGUCAUUCGCUGAAAGGUUCAAACAAAGGCGGAUCAAACUUGGGGUGACCCAGGCGGACGUGGGGGCGGCCCUGGCCAACCUCAAGAUCCCCGGGGUCGGAUGUCUGAGCCAGAGCACCAUCUGCAGGUUCGAGUCUCUGACGCUGUCGCACAACAACAUGGUCGCCCUGAAGCCGAUCCUGGAGGCCUGGCUUGAGGAGGCAGAGCGGGCGCAGAGGGAGAAGAUGUCCAAGCCGGAGAUCUUCAACGGGGGCGACAAAAAGAGGAAACGCACGUCUAUCGCGGCCCCGGAGAAGCGCUCCCUGGAGGCUUACUUCGCCGUGCAGCCGCGGCCCUCGUCGGAGAAGAUCGCCGCGAUCGCCGAGAAGCUGGACCUUAAAAAGAACGUGGUCCGCGUUUGGUUUUGCAACCAGAGGCAAAAGCAGAAACGAAUGAAGUUUUCUGCGACGCAUUAAGAGCAGCAAACCCGCGGGUCUCUGCCCCGUUUACACACAAAGACAAAUCAGAGACAAGCUGCUGCUGCUGCACACUGUCAGAUAAACAAGGUACACCGCUGUGCCUUCUGCUUCUGGGACGUCCUCAGUUCGACACACAGCCAUGUCCCAUAGGCGUGCACUUACGAGAACAAAAAAAAAAAAUACUCAUUCUCUCAUCAGGCCUUAGGGUGGACAUGUUGUUAUGCGUUUUUAAAUGGGUUUGCUUAAAAAAAAAAUCUCAAAUGAAAAUGAAAAAGUAACGGAUCAAAUGUGUUUUCUUUUCUAUUUUUUUUUUUUUUUUUUUUUAAUAU